UUGGAGGAUGUAUAUAUUUUUGUAGUUUCUGCUACAUGUGUUAAGAGGUAAAAAAAAAGGAAUCUGAAAAGUGACGUCAUGUAACUGCGAGUGAUGUAACCCUGGAAAUUAUUAUAUUGUAAUCUUUACCACGUCGCAUCCUCAUCCGUAGCCGUAUGGCAUAAAUCCUACCAUGACGCUUUCCGGCUGCUGCAGGAGGAUUGUCCUCUGUACAAAUGUCACAAGGCCAGGAGUGUACCUCAGGUAUCCUGUGGUCUCUGCCCAGGCUUGCCGUGUCAGACCCCUGUGCAGCAGCAGUAGUCCUGUCGCUGUCCCUGGCUGUGAGGACACGAUCUUCGCUUUGUCUUCCGGAAGAGGUCGGUGCGGAGUCGCCGUGGUGCGCGUGAGCGGAGCUGGUGCAGCCGGAGCUCUGCGCGGGCUGACCGGCCUGAAGCACGCGCUCGUCCCCCGCACUGCGCUCCUCCGCAGCAUCACGCACCCCACAUCUCACGAGCUGCUGGACCGGGGCCUAGUGCUGUGGUUUCCAGGCCCUCACAGUUUCACAGGAGAAGACAGUGCUGAGUUUCACAUACAUGGAGGACCUGCUGUCAUUAAUGGUGUUUUACAAGCCCUUGGGAGCUUGCCUGGACUGCGGCCUGCCGAGGCAGGUGAGUUUACCCGACGUGCGUUCCAUGCAGGAAAGCUGGAUUUGACAGAAGUAGAGGGCUUGGGGGAUUUGAUCCAUGCAGAGACUGAAGGUCAACGGAGACAAGCACUCCGGCAGAUGGCAGGGGACCUCAGUCGCCUCUACAACGACUGGAGUCACCAGCUUAAGCAUUGUUUAGCGCACAUGGAGGCUUUCAUUGACUUCAGCGAGGAUGAGCUCAUAGAGGAUGGAGUCUUAAAUCAAGUGGACACCGCAGUAUCCAAGCUGCAAGUGCAAAUACAGAAGCAUCUUUCUGAUGAGCGGAGAGGGGAGCGUCUGCGCAGUGGCGUACAGGUGGUCAUAGCAGGAUCCACCAAUGCGGGCAAGAGCAGCCUUUUCAAUCUGCUGUGCCAACGUCCUGCAGCCAUUGUGUCUCCUAUAGCAGGGACCACCAGAGACGUUGUGGAGACGCCACUGGACAUCGGAGGUUUUCCGGUCCUGCUGAGUGACACGGCUGGUUUGAGGGAGACGGAUGACAGCGUGGAGCGAGAGGGCGUCCAGCGUGCGUUGAAAAGGGUGGAUGAGGCAGAUCUGACACUGGUUGUUGUCGACUCAACACAGCUUCCUCAGGAGCCUCAGAUGGUGCCAGGUUUCCUGAAUGACUACCUCGACAAUGUGUUGCCAAAAGAGACCCAGGAUCACGUACAGCAGCGCCUCCUGAUCCUGAACAAAAGUGACCUCCUGCCUACUGAACACGUUCGCCUCAUCCAGAGAGCCCUCAGCGAUGCUGUCACUGUGGCUUCAGUCAGUAUUUUGUCAUGCAGCACCAGAGAAGGACUGGCUGAGUUUUUGAAACUGUUGCAUGAGAGAGUUAAGACGAUGUGUGCGGAUCCGCUGGUCGGUAGCCCAAGUCUAACUCAGACCCGGCAUCGGACUAACCUGCAAAAGAGCAUUGAGGCCCUGAGACAGUAUCAUAAGUACAGAGAUGUGGACCUGGCGCUGGCAGCCGAGGGACUGCGCUUGGGCCUUGUAUGCUUGGGUAGAAUUACUGGCAAGGUUGGCACUGAAGAGAUCUUGGACGUGAUUUUUAGAGAUUUUUGCAUUGGAAAAUAAAAAUGAAACUGUCAUAGUCUUAAUGUCAGAUGAAUUUAGGAUGAACUUUAAACUGCUGUAUAUGUAACAAAUACUGUUCAGAUUCUUUAAAGCAGUAUCUGCAGUGUGAUUUGUUUUUUAGAUGAAUAAAGCUAUUUUGCUAAGA